AGUGUGGUCCGAAGCUCUGAUGAAAUGAUAUAUAGAUGAGUGACUAACGUUGAUGUCCAGUUUUUACGGUGCACUUAGAAUAAAGCUCUUUGUGUUAAUGGUCUGCUGUCCUUGCCUCUUUGCGAUCUAGUCGAUUAUUUCCACAACAACGGAAGCCCUGCACAUGUGGGACCUGGACUACUUUCUUGUCUAUAAGUGCCAAUCUUGUUUUGGGAUUUCUUUCUUUUAAGAAGAUCUUCCAGAACCCGAAGAAGGAGACACAUCUGCGUUUGAUUGGCGUCAGAGACGGGAAGGCAGAUCCUGAACGCACGACAGGUUGGGAAUGCAUUGGAUGAACGUACUGGUCUAGAGCGGUGACACGAGUGGAGAUGUCUUAGGCCAAAGGUUUCCGUCGAGUGGUAGCGACCCAGCAUGUAGCAGGACUAAACAAGACCCUUCACGCUUGGCAACAAUCAGACAAGAUAAUGGGGAACUCCUAUGCUGGACAGCUGAAGUCGGCCCGGUUCGAAGAGGCCCUCCACAACUCGAUCGAGGCGUCGCUGCGCUCUAGCCAUGUAGACCCGCAGCCCAUCUUCACCCAGCUCUACCUGGAGCCCGAGCAGUAUCCUGGCAACAUGAAAGACGUCAAGCCUAAGGUGGAGCUGUCACUGCACGGCGGCGUGCCCCCGGGCCCCGCCCUGAUGCUCAACGGACACUCCUCGCAGGACCUGGAGGAGAUGGAGGACGAGGACGACUCGGACACCAGCAGCCCCCCGCUGCCCUACCUGCAGACCCCUGCCCCCGACGGCUGCUGCACGCAGGACGGGUUCUGUCAGGCCGGCAAGGACCUGCGCUUGGUCACCAUAGCAACGGAGUCUAUCAAAGUCCCAGCUGGCUUCGAGCUGGUCGGUGCCAAGUCCCCCAGCGUCCCCGAUCACGUCCUGGUGUGUGCGGUGGACCGGCGCUUUUUACCUGAUGACAACGGGAAAAAUGCACUUUUAGGGUUCUCAGGGAACUGUGUGGGCUGUGGGGAGAAGGGGUUCCGCUACUUCACAGAGUUCUCCAACCACAUCAACCUGAAACUCUCCACUCAGCCAAAGAAACAGAAGCACUUAAAAUACUACCUGGUGAAGACCUCCCAGGGUGCUCUGUGCAAGGGACCACUCAUCAGCUGGAAAGACUGUAAAACGCGCCAGUUCUCCAACAGCGCAUCCACCUCCAAGCCCAGCUCCUCGUCCUCCGUCAGCAGCAAGGAGAAUGGAGGCACCAACGGCCACAGCUCCUCUCCCUUCUCCCUCUCAGAUUCUCCGCCGACCAGAAGUGGACAGGUCUCCUCUGUGUUUUUUGGAGGGCAGGACCUCAGCAGAGACUGCAGUUUCCUCAAACCUUUGGCCUCCACCACUGGCAACAACAAGACACUACCAAUAGUGCCCACAGCUCUGAGGUUGAACGGUCCCACCAACGGCCUGGGUCUUGAACCCCGCCCCCCGCUGCUAGGCCCCUCCCAGCCCUCAUUGGUCCCGCCCAGCCAGACCUACCGCAGCGCCGACCCCGUAGACAGUCCCUCUUCUUCUACCAUGAACUCCGCCCCUCCAAAGAAACGCCACAGGGGCUGGCACCCAGGGUCUCUGGUGCCCGCACCCCCCACCGCCGUGCCCGUGCCGGCCAUCCGGCCCACCGGAUGUUCCCCAGGGUCCGUGAUGGCCAUGCAGACCGCCGUGGCGCCCCCCCCAGCCGCUGGGCUGAUCCAGCCCCAGCCGUUGACCGCCGGGGAGACGGUCAUCGUCCCCGACAACCUGCUCAACUCCUCGGGCGUGCGGCCCGUUGUCCUCAUAGGGCACGGCACUCUACCCUACUUCUAUGGCAACGUGGGGGACAUCGUGGUGAGCCCCCUGCUGGUCAGCUGCUAUAAGACCAGCCAGCUGACGGACAAGACCCGCGAGAACCUGGGCCUGAGCACCAAUCAGCUGCUCAGCGUGGAGACCGUGACCCUUCUCACCCUGCAGUACCUCGCACGACUCGGUCCGACCCAGAUCCCGUUGCGGGAGGAGUUUGAGCAGAUCGUGCUGAAGGCCAUGCUGUGCUGUCCGGGCUCCCCGGCCAUCUCCCCCUCCCAGCUGCCCUGGCUGGCCCGGCUGGAGGCCAGCGUGUCGGGGGGCGGGGUCCAGGUGCUGGUGACCAGCGGCUCCCUGGGGGAGGGCAUCUCGGAGUCCCUGCGCUCCCUGGGCGAGGGCCCGCUGCCCCAGCAGUGCCUGCCCACCUACGUGGUCAUCAUCUGCGUGGCCAAGAUGGGCGGCACCGAGUUCUGCGUGCUGGUGCUCGGGAAGUACCAGGCCCGGGCGCUGGCAGAGGGCAUGCUGAGCACCAACGAGUUCCUCAAGGAGAUCAGCUACGAGCUCAUCACGGGGAAAGUCAGCGUGCUGGCGUCCCACUUCAGAACCACCUCGCUGGGGGACAACCUGGACAAGCAGCUGGUGAAGUACCAGCGCCGGCGUAAAGGCCUGGUGGUCCAGCCCUUCCAGGGGGAGGUCAGCGACCACCUCCACUCCCAGGAGGCUGCCAGCUUGCUGCCCCUCGCCGACCAGGACCUGCUGGACGAGGUGUUCCAGAUCUACCCCCCCCAGCUGAGCGUCGCCCGCAGCCUGCUCUCCCAGGUCUGCUCCAUAGCAGACUCAGGCAGCCAGAGCCUGGACCUGGGGCGCUUCUGCAAGGUGGACUUCCUGGUACUGGUCCCGCCUUCACACGCGCUGAUGCACCAGACGGCUCAGCGCAUCCGACAGUCAGGUGUGCUGGUGGACCUGGGCAUCGAGGAUGUGGCCUCGGCCCACCAGAGGGCAGACAAGUACGUGCUGCGUCUGCACGGGGACGUGCACUCCAAGAUGGAGUCCUUCAUGAGGAAGGUCAAGCAGAAUCCCUACACGCUGUUUGUCCUCAUCCACGACAACUCCCACGUCGACCUCACGAGUGCCCUCUCUGGCUCCGUGUGCCACGGGGAGCUGCAGGGUCUGGCCGACCGCGUGGUGAACUGCAAGGAGGUGCUGGAGGCGGUGAACCUGGUGGUGCUGCAGGUCAGCUGCUUCCCCUACACGUUGCAGACCCGCCAGUCCCGCAUCAGCGCCCACAACGAGGUGCACUGGCCCUCCGCCCAGAGCCUGGGGGAGCCUUCUGCUGAGCAGCUGGUGUACUUCGGUAUGAAGGACUACAGCAGCUCCCUGCAGUGGGGCGUGGCCAGCCCCAUACUGCGCUGUGACGACGCCUUCGAGAAGAUGGUCCACACACUGCUCCAAAGGCACCCCCACCUCCACAGCAUGGUGAUCCGCAGCUACCUGCUCAUCCAGCAGUAUACGGAGGCCAUGAUGGCGCUGACCUCCUCCCCGUCGCUCCGGGACCACAUCACCCCCGAGACGCUGGCCAUGGUGGAGGACCUGAUCAGCGCCCCCUGCAGGGAGGGCUCCAGGGGCCGCGGCCACAUGCUGCUGGUGCGCGUGCCCUCGCUGCAGCUGGCCAUGCUGGCCCGCGAGCGCCUGGAGAACGUGCGCGACAAGCUGGGCCUGCAGUACUGCUUCGCCGUGCUGCUGGGGAGCCCCGCCUCGGAGCUCAGCCUGCCCGCCAACUUCACCAGCCGCCUGAGGGCGUGGCGAGGCUGUGACAAUGAAGAGUGGGUCCCCCACACGUACGAGGACCUAGAGGGGCUCCCCUGCAUCGUCAUCCUCACUGGGAAAGACCCCCUCGGAGAAACCUUCCCAAGGUCUCUGAAGUACAGCGACCUGCGGCUCAUCGACUGCAGCUACCUGACCCGCACCGCCCUGGAGCAGGAGGUGGGCCUGGCCUGCACCUACGUCUCCACGGGCGGGGUCCGGGACCCCAAGAGGGCCCGCAAGGCGCCGUCGCGGGAGAGCGAGGGCUCCCUGGCAGAGAACUGCGUCAGCUCCUCGGACGUGGCCUACACCUCCCACAAUCCCUCCCCCUCCUUCCCCCCCAACCCCCCCUCCUCCUCCUCCUCCUCCUCCUACUCCUCCUCCGGCCCCCACCACCGGGACGAGUCCUCCAACACCGGGCAGCAGGUGAAGCUGGAGUGCGACUCCCUGGGCGCGGGCGCCGGCCUCCCCCCGUCGGAGCCCUCCUCCAAACCCCCGCCGUCCCUCUGCUCCACCUCCUCCUCCUCCUCCUCCUCCACCGGCUCCUCCUUCUCCCCGUCCUCGUCCUCCGCCACCCCGCAGAAGCCCAGCCAGUCCACGCAGCGCGGCCGGGACGGCGCCGCCGCCGCCGCCCGCGCCCCGCCGCGCCGCGCGCCGAGGACCGUCAUCCUGUCGCGGGCCGCCUACAACCUGCUGGCCGGCGAGUCCGGCAGCCAGCUGAGCUCCUGCGCCCUGCUGCCCCACGCCGACGUGGCCUGGAGCAGCCCGCUGCGGCCCCCCGUCACCCAGCACCUCCGGGGGCCCGAGCAGAGCGCCUACUACCGCCAGUGGAGCGUGGCCCGGCAGCACCACGCCGACCACGAGGGCCCCGUCGUGCCCCACCCACGGCGCCUGCUUCUCAGCGGACCCCCGCAGGUGGGGAAGACAGGCGCCUACCUGCAGUUCCUGCGCAUUCUGUCCCGCAUGCUCAUCAGACUGCUGGAGGUGGACGUGUAUGAUGAAGAGGAGCUGGACGAAGAAACACAGAGCGAGGCGGUGACUCCGGUGAACACACAGUGGCCCGACAUCGAGGACAUCCGCAUGCUGACCUUUGACCUCUUUCCCCGAGACCCCAAAUUCAGGAGAGACAGUCCCGUUUUCUCGGACAACAUGCCAAAGCUCUUUCAAGAUCUGAAACAAGAACCUCAAGAGAGCCAAACACAAGCAAAAAGAGAGACCCGGUCCAUUCGCCUGAGUCGGUUCGCCGCCCACAAUGCAUUUCACCACUGUGAACAGUGCCACCACUACUGUGAAGCCAGCCCUGCCACACAGCUCUCUGAGUGCACCUUCCAUGCCUUCACCUUCUGCUCCUCCAUGCUGGGAGAGGAGCUGCAGCUCCACUUCAUCAUUCCCAAAGCCAAGGAGCAGCACUUCAUCUUCAGCCAGCAGGGCAGCCACCUGGAGAGCAUGCAGCUCCCCCUAGUUUCCACCAAGGACCCCGAGAGGCUGAAGAGCCCCAUCUUCACCCCCACCACGGGCCGCCAGGAGCACGGCCUGCUCAACCUGUACCACGCCCUGGAGGGCGCCGACCACCUCCACAUCCUGGUGGUCAAGCAGUACGAGAUGCCCCACUACAGGAAGUACUGGCCCAACCACAUCCUGCUGGUGCUGCCCGCCAUGUUCAACAGCGCAGGCGUCGGCGCGGCUCGCUUCAUGAUCAAGGAGCUGUCCUACCACAACCUGGAGCUGGAGAGGAACCGGCUGGAGGAGAAGGGGGUGAAGCGCCAGGACGUGUGGCCCUUCAUCGUCAUGAUGGACGACUCCUGUGUGCUGUGGAACGGACACCAGCAGCCCGACAGCGGUGAGAGCUCUGAAGGAGGCCUCUCCAACGUGUCCCUGAAGACGGUGCUGCAGCACAUGGAGGCCACGCCCAAGGUCUCCCUGUACGCCAUGUGCGGGACCCGAAAGUGGAGCAGCGGCCUGGGCCACAAGGCCGGCGGGCGGCCCUUCUCUCGGUGCCACCUCCACGACUUUGUCAUGCUCAACGUCGACCUGACCCAGAACGUGCAGUACGACCUCAACCGGUACGGCUGUGAGGAGGUGGACUUUAACCUGAGGGCCAACAGCAGUGGGCUGUUGCUCUGUCGCUUCAACCACUUCAGCUACAUGAAGAAACACAUUCCAGUCGGGGGCCACAAGGACUACGUGGUCAAACCUAAGCUAAUGGAGAUGGAGAACUCCGCCCCCAUCAACCCAUCCCAGUACGUGUGCGCCCCGGACAGCGAGCAGACCCUGCUGGCCGCCCCCGCCCAGUUCCUCCUGGAGAGGUUCUUGCAGUCCUGCAGCCACAAGCUGUUCCCCAAGGCCAUCCGGAACCGAAACAACCCGGUGCUCUCCAUAGACAGCUACCUCAACAUCGGCACUGAGGUGUCUGUGUGCUACAUCAACUCCCGUCCACACUCCACCAACCAGGACCACCACGGCCUGGUGUUCAGUGGUCUCCUGCUCUAUCUGUGCGACUCCUUCGUCGUAUCCGGGCUCCUCAAGAAGUUCUCCUUCCUCAAAGGCGCCACGCUGUGUGUGAUCAGCCAGGACCGGAGCUCCCUGCGGCAGACCAUCGUGCGGCUGGAGCUGGAGGACGAGUGGCAGUUCCGCCUGCGGGACGAGUUCCAGACGGCCAACUGUCUCGAAGACCGCCCGCUCUACUUCCUCACCGGCCGCCACAUCUGAGACCCCCGGGCACCCCCGGGCGGUCGGGUGGAGGACCUCUCGCACAAAGAAACUCACACAGAGAGUGCAACGCAUACGAGUACAAUCAGGCGUGAGGAUAAGGGUCGGAUCCAGGGGGAGUGGAAACCGGAACAAUGUCAGGCUUCCCCGACCAGCCCCGACACCGGGCCACUGCGCCGUACCUGUGUGUGGAUGUGGCCGGUUGUCUGAUAGCGUUUUAUUGUUGGUGAACACGGGGUGAAUCGGCGCAGAUCCACGUUCUCUAGUUGUGUGUCUGGGUUUGUCUGGGUGGCGUGCAGGGCACCUUCAGGACUUCAAUCCUCCCAAAGGCCCAGAAAAUCUGGAUUCUCAUCGCGUGUGACGGGGCACUGGAGGGGUUAUCUUUCGUUCUGGAGCACAAGCCAAGACGUACCCAAAGAACAGAGUAGAGGAGCAGAUGAGGGAACGCCCCUCCGAGCACGCUCGGUCGCACCAGCACAGUGCAACGCGUGCCGGCACGAACAAUAAAAGGUGUGCGCCUCCGCGGUCUUAUCUCGUACCUGUAGCUGGGCCUGUCCCAAAACUCACCUCCCGUGUGACUUAACCUUUGCUGUGAAGAAAAGCCACGACAAAAAAAGAAAAGCUCACAGCUGUGUUUGUUUUUUAAUCAAAACCGAAGAGAAUAUUUGGUGUUUUACUGUGACUGUUGUAUAAAAGACUUUACGGAUUGAAAAUGUCUACACGGACUGUGACAGAGGUUGGGUCAAAUUCUGUACAUAUUCGCUUAUCUCAGGGUCUCAGGAGGAUUACCGGUGAAUUAAGGUAACCUUGAUGUUGUCAUACACAUUGUGGUAUCGUGUUUCAAAUGGGUCCCAUGUCUGCAUUUUUCGUGGGUUUGAUUACCAAAGAACAUGCCAGAGUGCACAUCCCCCCCCUCCACCAACAUCCCUGCUCAGCCACCAAAAUGACACUUCUCACAACAUUACAGAAAGCCAAUGGGCAGGCAGCUUUAUGAAUGGCAUGCCAAUGUUUUUGAUAUCUGCCAAAACUGUACAUGCCAUCAAGGGGAGUUAUCAAAUUUGAUAAUGCCAUUGGAAUCAAAAUCGAUGCCCAAGACUCUUUUCUGUGCAAUUCUGAGGCAUUUUAUAGGGUUCAAAAUUUAACUAAAUUCUAAAUGAUCAUCCUGUGAAGUUUUUAUGUAUUGGUGUUCUAUACAUUAAUAGCUAUAACAGAUAGCAAGAAAGAUGUUAUGAAAUGGGUUCUCUUAUUUUCAAAAGUUAGGGUUUGGACAAAUCAGACAAAGCAUUGUGGAAAGGGAAAAGGGAGAGGGGACUAGUGUAGCCAUUCAAUCAUCCUUACAAUCAAUUCCAUUAAUGUCUCUAUACCCCAAAACAUGUCCUCAUGAAACUCCAUGCUAUGCAUUGGUCUGCAUAACCCCCAGGAACUCACCAGAUGCCAUGUGUGAUGCUAUGGGAUGAACAAACCACUGCCAAUGGUAUUUGCUUCUUGCUGUGCCUGUUAUUUCACGUUUUCAUAGUGUUUUCUGUGCCUAACCGUAGUUCUGGUUCCUGCCACCGCUUGAAAAAGACUGCCCCCAAAUCCCCAUCAGAAGAGUGGAAAAACAGAAGCUUGUACACAGUCACUAGCAGACGACAAGGUCACAUACUGUACUUGACAGAGGGUUGGGAUGUUUUAUAUAUGUUACUGCACAGGGUUGUCCAAAGAAUAUGCCUUAAGUGAUGUUGUUACACGGGUGUCACUAUGAGCCAAAGUAACUCUUUUCACGGACCAAUGAUAAUGAAACAAUUUCGCCUACCAGGGGAUGAAUAGUUUAUAUCUGAAUCAAGCAAGGGAAUGAUACAAAAAAUAAUGGAUUUAGGACUAUGUCUAUUGAUUGAUGCUUUGUUUACAUUUUAACAUUAUUAAUAUAUUGUAUCAGCCUGAUAACAACAGAAGGUUACUUUUUUUUAAGUCUGUUGAAUCUUUUGCCGUUAUUAUAUUGGUCACGUUGUCUUUCGUAUUGUUUUGUUUUGCGAAGGCAAGAAGAAUCUACCUAGAUGUGUUCCUUCCCUGUGUUCAUAUCCCUUACUGUUUUUCUGUCGGGUUACAAUUUUUUUCUUUUGGAAAACGAAAAUCAGGUCCAUGAGGGAUUCUUAUUUAUUUGACAUGCAUUUUGGACUGAGGACAGUGGUAGAAAUGUGAUAAUUGAUUGCAUGUUGUGCUCGUUUUAUUUGGUUUUCCACCUUUCUCUUCUAUUUCUUUCACCAAUGGAGUGUCCUUGUGAAAACCAUCUAUGAAGGCUUUGCACAAGACCCAAGAGAAUGAUGAGUAUAUCUACUGAAUGUUAUGGGGGUAGGAAAUAUGAACUUGCACUAUUACGGAUCGCCAGCAGCAAAAAUAUUUUCUAGGCGAAAAAAUUUAAGUUGCCCCCCCUUCCCUCCCAAAGAAAACUCACCAUCACAACCAACAACAAGAACCAAUCCAAAGUUACGAAGACUCUGUUGUUGAACCCCUUUCAUAAAGUUUCUGAUGGCCCACAGAUUGUUUCUUUGUCGAUGAUUAGUUGGAACAUAUAACUUAAUAUGCAACUUGCUUCUCACAAUCCUCACUGAAGUGUGCUAACAUGCUAACGUUAGCGCCUGGGUGAUCUACCUCAUGUUUACCAUUGUGGGUGUGGGCUGUUAAUGUAUGACUUUGGAGCAAUGCUUUUGUUGUUGGACAUUUAUGAAUGUAAUAAAAAAUGACAUUUCGAGGAGUAAUUAUGAUAUAUCUGUAAGUUUCUAUUUGUACAAAUUUCACUGCUAAUUUGCUAGUGCUGACGCUGCACUUUUUGAUUUGCAUGUGGGGCCCAGUUUCCAACUGUAACAUCAUCUCUCUCUCCCCCUCUCUCACUCAGCCUCUGGCUCUUUGUCGGUCUCUCUCUCUCUCUCACGCACACUCUCAAAACUGAACUGAAAUUUGACCUAGCUGCAGUUCUUUUUAAUUGUACAGUAUACUGGUAAUCACAC